GUUGCACGACAUUUAGCUAAUAGUUAUGGUGAUCGUUCAUGGGCUGUUGCUGCAUUAGCACGUCCAACUGGCAAGAGUUCGCCAGCUUUUGGCUGCAGAUUAAAUCCACUAUACCCAUACAUUGACGCAGAGGUUACUUAUGCUGUCCGUCGAGAAUAUGCUUGUACUCUCGUGGAUGUUAUCGCGCGUCGUACUCGCCUGGCGUUUCUUGACGUUCAAGCAGCUCUUGAGUCGCUUCCGCAUAUCAUUGAGAUUAUGAGCAAAGAGCUUGGAUGGUCUUCAGAACGACAAAAAAGGGAAUAUAAUCAGGCUGUUGAAUUUCUUGUCACAAUGGGUCUUCCUCGUCCAAAAGAACAAGGGAAAUCUUAA